UUGUGUAUUGCAGCUUUUAUCACUUGUGCACAUUUCCAAGCUGCUCGCUGCGUAACACAACACUGCCUCUUUUCUUUGCAAUCCCUUGUCUUGGCCUCUCUGAUAGACUGGCUUCUCCCUGUCCUCCCCCAGUCCGGUGCUUGGAGUAGUGUGAACGUCCGUGGGAAUCUUUGCCUUGUCUCUCUCUCUCUCUCUGUGGUGAUUGCAGAGUAACUAAAACAUCGCUGGUGCGGUUAAAGGCAGUAGAGGCUGAAAACUUCCUGCUUAUUCUGCUCCGAGCCUCCCUACCAUCUUCAACAUGGCUGGUGGCAUUACCGAUACUGGAGAGCUUUACUCUCCUUAUGUUGGUCUGGUUUAUAUGUUCAACCUCAUCGUCGGGACAGGAGCCCUAACCAUGCCAAGGGCCUUUGCAACGGCAGGGUGGCUUGUCAGCCUUGUUCUCCUAAUGUUCCUGGGCUUUAUGAGCUAUAUGACUACCACCUUUGUGGUAGAAGCCAUGGCUGCUGCAAAUGCCCAACUGCGAUGGAAGAGAAUGGAAAAACGCAAGGGAGAUGAUGAGGAGGAUGAGGAUUCUUCCUCUGGAGUGUCUGACAGUGAUGUUCUCCUCCAAGAUGGCUAUGAGCGAGCAGAGACACGACCUAUCCUUUCAGUUCAGAGACGUGGCUCACCCAAUAUCUUUGAAAUCACCGAAAGGGUGGAAAUGGGUCAGAUGGCUUCCAUGUUCUUCAAUAAAGUGGGUGUCAACCUCUUCUAUUUCUGCAUAAUUAUCUACCUCUAUGGGGACCUGGCAAUCUACGCAGCGGCCGUACCGGUCUCUCUCAUGCAGGUGACCUGUAGUGCCACUGGCAACCAUUCUUGCAGUGUUGGAGAUGGCACAAAGUAUAAUGAUACAGAUAAGUGCUGGGGGCCAAUUCGACGGAUCGAUGCAUACAGACUGUACCUGGCAGCAUUCACUCUUCUCCUGGGUCCUUUCACCUUCUUCAAUGUGCAGAAGACAAAGUAUCUACAGAUCAUGACAUCCCUGAUGAGAUGGAUAGCUUUCAUCCUCAUGAUUAUUCUGGCCCUCAUCCGCAUCAGCAGAGGCCAAGCAGAGGGUCAUCCGUCCAUGGCCCAGCUGUCGGGCAUCCGCAAUCUCUUUGGGGUGUGCGUCUACUCCUUCAUGUGCCAGCACUCCCUGCCGUCCCUCAUCACACCCAUCUCCAAGAAGAGGCAUGUCAACAAGCUCGUGCUGCUCGAUUAUAUCCUGAUACUGGCUUUCUACAGCCUCCUGUCCUUCACUGCCAUUUACUGUUUCCGCAAUGACACCCUCAUGGACAUGUACACGCUCAACUUCACCAACUGUGAAAUCAUCAACAUCGCCUUCAUUCGCUACUUCCUGGGCCUCUUUCCAGUCUUCACCAUCAGCACCAAUUUCCCCAUCAUUGCUGUGACCCUGCGCAACAACUGGAAGACCCUUUUCCACAGAGAGGGGGGAACCUACCCCUGGGUGGUGGAUAGGAUUGUCUUUCCUGCCAUCACACUGAUUCCCCCAGUGCUGGUGGCUUUCUGCACCCACGAUCUGGAGUCCUUGGUGGGAAUCACGGGAGCCUAUGCUGGGAAUGGGAUCCAGUACCUCAUUCCGGCUUUCCUCGCGUACUGUAGUCGGAAGGACACUCAGCUGGUCUUCGGCAGCGGUACCGUUAACAAGCACCUGUCCCCUUUCCGGCACACCUUCUGGAUUGUGUUCGUGCUCAUAUGGGGCUUUUCUUGCUUCAUGUUUGUGACUGCAAACAUUGUUCUGAGUGAGUCAAAACUGUGAUGUGGGCGCGGCGGCGUGCUCCCUCUGGGGCUCCGGAGGAGACUCCAGCGCUUCAGCUGCUCUGAGACUGCAGAGGGGGAAGGAGGCAGCGUGGAGGGAAGUUUCCAGGCCGUUGGUUCGGUGACAUAGGUCAGACCUGGACACAGACUUUCUUUUCUCCACUUCCACUUUGGGUGUGGAUGGAGUAGGCUCAGCCUUUUUACAAUCCCGGUUCACAGACCCGCUGUACAAAGCCAGGGGCUGAGCUCUUGGCAGCCUGUACGAUUAACCAGUGCCCAGCCGCUUCUGCCUUGAGCUCUGUUCAAGCAUCACUUCUCCGCCCUUGCUGCAGCUCUCCUCUGGCGCUGCAGGUUUCAGCACACGGGAGAGCUGACAGCCUUGGCUGCUCACUACGGUAGUCGGCUAAAUAUCCCUGGCCCCAAAGACAGGGACCUGCUGUGCACAGAAUCCAGCAGGAAUUUGGGGGAAAUUAACCUCUUUUUCAUCUGGGACCCCCACAGACACGAAACUCCUGUGCCAGUUGAGGGUGGAGAAAAUAAAUUAGGGUGGGAAUAGCCCUAACCCUCUUUUUUGUUUUUUUAAAAUAUCUGUUACACCUUCUUCUUCCAGAAGCAUUAACCUGUUUUAUGCUCUGGGUAAGGAGCACCAUGGAUUGCCUGGGAUCUGGGAUCUCUUGCUUAGCAGAACUGGAUUUUUUUUUCCUCAUCUCUGGAGUUUACAUUCACACUUCUCCCUCUAUUCUGUUUGUUUUGGCAGCCUUAGUCCUAUAGAGCAGUGUCCAUAUGCAUGCAGGGGUGUAGCUCUUCACCCUUGGAAAGGAAACCACAGCCUGGCUUCCCUUGGCUCCUGCAUGCAGCUAAGUGACUUCAGCUGGCAGAGCUGUUCUCCGUUUCACACGGGGCUGGUGCACCAGGCCAGGCCCCGGCUGCAGUGGUCAGGAUUUAUGUGGGCUGGGGAGGUGCUAAUUACCCAGGCCUGAUGCGGGUUAGAUCUGCGAGAGCCCUGGCUGUGCACGCCAACACAUUUCCAGCCUCCUGUGCUGGGUAAUUAGCCUUGAAACAAGGUGGGUGUUAACUCCAGGGAAUGGGCUGGUGCCAGCAGGAAAAGGCUGCGCUAUGGCUCAGCUGUGCCCAGCUCCCUGCAGGAGCAGAGCUCGUGUGAUGGGAGAGAGGGCUAGAGCCCUCCUGAAACUGCUCUGCACCCACCCAUGCUCUCCUUCUGCGCAGGGUUAAGGUGGGCUUCUUGCUGGUCUUAAUUCAGCUUAUCUGAGAGUUUGCUUGGCUCCCAGGUAAUUCUGUGCCUGUUAUCGUGGGGGCAGCUAAUGCCUUAGAUUAGUCUCUGCUCCUGAGGCUUCUCGAGGUCACUGUACCACCCAGUGACAGAGAGCAUCAGCUCCGGAGAUCUGAGGCCCUUAGGCAAAGAUUAUAUAGGCUUUCAUAGCAGAAGGAAUAACUUUAGAAGUUUUCACCUGAAAUAUUUUAAGCCUUUCUUCCCUCAACCCUUACUAAAGCGGGUGCAAAGCCAGGUGCAUGCCACUGGUGCUAUAUCCUCUCGCCCUCUGCACUGCUGUAGUAUUAAGCGUCACUGCUCACUAAAAGCAAGCUUUGAACUGCAGCUGCUUUUUAAUCAAGCUCUAUUUUCAAGUAAGACUUCCUUGUGCUCCUGCGGGGCGAGCAGGCAGGUACCUGGAGCUGUACGAACACACUACGUGGUUUUUAAAGCAAAAGUCCCUUCACCUCUCAGGCCUGGGUGCUGUGAGCGUGUCCUUGCUGCGCUGCUCGGAGAGGAGCCGGGGGGACCGUUUCCCCCAUCUCCAGCUCCCUCCUGGACAGGUUUUGGCAGCUCUUGCUGGUGAACUUAAACAUCCCCAGAUGCCAGAUGAACAAGUUGCUUUACGGGUAGCCGGUGCUGGUGCCUCGCCGAGGAAGCGAUAGCAGCUACGCAGUCCGGAGGGCGAGUUCCUCGGCGGCAGAGCGGGGCCCUGGCGAGAACAGAAGGCCGCUGCGCCUUUCUGUUGCUUGUUCUCGGGCUCUUGCACCGUCUUGGCUGCCGGAGACGGGACAGGGCGCAGGUGCCGCGGUGGGGCACGCCGGGCUGCUCUGACCUAGCACGGCUGGGAGACGGGCGAGGCGGGAGGGAGGGAUCGAGCCUUCGGAAGGGGGAAAUGCUGCAGGCAGCUGCUCCUCUGUGCAAGGGCACGGGUGUGGAUUUACGGAGGGGGCCGAGGCCUUUCCUGGCAGGCUGCUGCCUCGGGCUGCCUGCGCUUUGCGGGGCCCUGGGGUCAGCUCCGUCCCUUUGGGCACUGCGUGAGCUCCUCGCCUUUGCCUUUCAUUGCCCGCCGGAGAGCGGCUGCCCUCGGUUCCUUGUUUGCCUCCGUCCAUCCCUUCCCCCCAUGGGGCUGGCCUUUCUCCCCCUCUCUUUCCGCCCCAAAGCUGCACGGGCAGCGAAGGAGUCUCUCUUCGUACAGCAGCAGCCUUCAAACUCCGCCGCUCGCAGCAGGAGUGGGGUGCGGGGGGCCGAGACCACCUAGCAUCCUGCCCGCUGCGCCUUUCCCCCGGGGUUGCCGUGGAGUAAAGCACAGCUGCGCUCGUCUCCUUUAGCAGGAGCCACUAAAGCCCCCAGGGCUGGGAGACGGUGCUGCCGCAUGCUUCACCCUGCCAUGAGCGCCUGCGGCCCGCCAGCCCCCCGGGCACAGCGGUUCGGCAGCUCUCGUCCGAUGGACUUGCUUUUCAAGACGUGCCUUCUCUCCCCCAGCCUCGGUGCUCGGCAGCAGCUUCCGAGGGCCCUUAGCUCUAAGCCGAGAGCUGCUGGGAAGGCAGCCGGGGCCGCGGCGCGGGGAGAGCUGCCUGCCUUGCGCUCGCGCAUCCUCCCCGUUCGCCACGGUACCUCCCUGGAAGAGCUCUGGGCCCCGAGGAGCACGGGCGACUUCUUAAAUAAAUAACCGAGCAUGCCAGACACCUGCUGUCCUUGCACAGCAGCGAAACAAAUCUACCUUAGGAAUCGGGGCGUUUAGUGGAAAGAAACUCCACGGUGGAGAGAACAUUUUUCAUAUAAAACGUGACAUAGCAAUGCCUUAAAAAUUACCAGUGAGAGGGGGACGGGGAGGGCUCGCUGGAGCCGGCGCUGCCCGCGGCUGGGCUGGGGGAGGCAGAGCUGGGGUGACCCUGACUGCUACCCCAGCUCCGCGCGGGGCGGGAGCUGCUCUCGUCUCGCAGCUCAGGAAUGAGUCUGUUUUUAUUUGGCCGUUAUCAAUGCUAUAUUCAAAAUUACAGAUCCUCACGUGAUGCUUGUCCUGACUGUAAUUAGUUUUCAAAAGAAAAAGGGAUUAAAACUAAAAUAAAAUGCACAUUAUACAUCCA